AUGGCGUCCAAAGAAGUUCAUAACAUCCUCUGCGACAAAUUUGGGAAGAGUAAGGUCUCAGAGCCCAGGCCCGGAGAGCUGAAAUACUUCGCCGCACAGUCGGCAGCACUGGUCCCUGCCGUCCAAGUGUUCCCUGAAAACGCGAAAGACGUCUCAACCAUACUCCAGAUUGUCCGAGAUCAUCAGGUCCCUUUCACUGUGAAAGCUGGUGGGCAUGGGGUCUACGCCGGCGCAUCGAGCAUUGAAGACGGCAUCCUGGUUGACUUGAGUCGGAUGAAUUCGGUGGAUGUCGCCCCUGAGCGCAAGUCCGUGUUCAUAGGGGCAGGGGCAAAGUGGGGUGAUGUCUACGGCAAGCUGGAUGCACUGGGAAUCAGCGUCCCUGGAGGACGCAUUUCAACCGUCGGCGUUGGUGGCUUGACGCUUGGAGGCGGCAUCUCUUUCGCAGCCAGCCGGUUCGGCCUUGCCUGCGAUAACGUCAAAAGCUAUGAGGUAGUCCUCGCCGAUGGGAGCGUAGUCACCGUCACGCGCGAAACUCAUCCUGAUCUGUUCUGGGCGCUCCGCGGCGCAGGGACGAAUUUCGGGAUCGUGACAAGGUUCGAGUUUGUGGCAUUCGAACAGGGCCAGAUCUGGGGCGGCGUCAAGCAAUACCUUGAAGACUCCGAGGCGCAAGCGAUCGCUCUGCUUGACAAGUUCUGUAAAGGCCAGGAUCCCGCAUCAUCGGCCGCUGAUGUCUUCGCCGAGGCUUUCAUCAUCAUCGCAUACGUCGCUCCGAUGGGCAAGUUCAUCACCACGGCAGUUCUGUCUCACGGAAAACCUGAGGAAGAUCCACCCAUUUUUGAUGGGUUCAAGACGUUGCCAUCUAUUGCUUCGUCGGCGAAGAUCCGAAGCAUAGCGGAUCUAUCGGUGGAAUUGAAUGCGAAUAACCCGCAUGGGCUCAGGUCCAAAACGCUGGCGUUGGCCGUGAAAAGCGACAUCACAAUCCUCAACGAGGUUAUGGCGAUCUAUAAGGAUGUAAUCAGCCCGCACAAAGAUACCGUCAAGGACUUUGUGCCAGCAAUCUUGCUGCAGCCUUUACUUCCGCGGAUGCUGCCGUCUGAAGAAAGUGACCAUACGCUGGGGAUCAGCAAACAAGAUGGACCUCUAUUCGUAAUCUCCCUGCUCUGGUCCUGGACGGAGCCAACGGACGAUGACCUAAUCGAGUCCCUUGCAUGUGCCUUCGAACAACGCGUGACAGCAACAGCGAAAGCUCACAAUAAGUUCCAUCGGUACGUCUACCUCAAUUACGCGGCUGGCAACCAAGACGUCUUUGCUAGCUACGGUGAGGAGAACCUGGCGAGGCUGCUGCAUAUUAGCAAGCAAUACGAUGCGAAUGGAGUCUUCACCAAGCUAAGGCCUGGUUACAUCAACGUGACGAGGAAUGGGCAUCAGAAAAAUGGUGGGUGAUAACGCCGG